ACGUGACUGCCAGGGCAGACCGGCGGAAGCCGGGGUCCUAGCCCGCUGAGGAUCCGCGGCUGGGCAUUAGAAGGGGGACCCUUGCGGGAAGGCAAAGUGGGGACCCUAGUGCCGACUCCGCGCGCGUCGUCGGCCCCGCGCGUGCGCCCUGGUGCGGCCCAGAUAACAGUUUCUUUAAUGGAUCAGUCAUUCUGUCCGCGACCUGGGUUCCUCAAAUGAUUGACAGACCCCAGCUCUGAAGCCAGUUAAACAUUCCAACCGGGCACUGAGUAGUUGACGAUCCUCACGAUGUUGGACUUCCUAGCUGAGAACAACCUCUGUGGCCAGGCCAUCCUAAGGAUCGUUUCCUGUGGCAAUGCCAUCAUUGCUGAACUUCUGAGACUGUCUGAGUUUAUUCCUGCUGUCUUCAGGUUAAAAGACCGAGCAGAUCAACAGAAAUAUGGAGAUAUCAUAUUUGAUUUCAGCUAUUUUAAGGGUCCAGAAUUAUGGGAAAGCAAACUGGAAGCUAAGCCAGAGCUACAGGAUUUAGAUGAAGAAUUUCGUGAAAACAACAUAGAAAUUGUGACCAGAUUUUAUUUAGCAUUUCAAAGUGUGCAUAAAUAUAUUGUAGACUUAAACAGAUAUCUAGAUGAUCUCAAUGAAGGUAUUUAUAUCCAGCAAACCUUAGAAAGCGUACUUCUCAAUGAAGAUGGAAAACAACUUCUAUGUGAAGCAUUGUACUUAUAUGGAGUUAUGCUGCUGGUCAUUGAUCAAAAGAUUGAAGGAGAAGUCAGAGAGAGAAUGCUGGUGUCUUACUACAGAUACAGUGCUGCUCGAUCUUCUGCUGAUUCAAACAUGGACGAUAUCUGUAAGCUGCUACGAAGUACAGGUUAUUCCAGCCAACCAGGAGCCAAAAGGCCACCCAACUAUCCUGAGAGCUAUUUCCAGAGAGUGCCUAUCAACGAAUCCUUCAUCAGUAUGGUCAUCGGUCGACUAAGAUCUGAUGAUAUUUACAACCAGGUCUCAGCGUAUCCUUUGCCGGAGCAUCGCAGUACAGCCCUGGCCAAUCAGGCUGCAAUGCUGUAUGUCAUCCUGUACUUUGAUCCUUCCAUUCUUCAUACCCAUCAAGCAAAAAUGAGAGAGAUAGUGGAUAAGUACUUUCCAGAUAACUGGGUAAUUAGUAUUUACAUGGGGAUCACCGUUAAUCUAGCAGAUGCUUGGGAGCCUUACAAAGCUGCGAAAACAGCUUUAAACAAUACCCUAGACCCUUCAAAUGUCAGAGAACAGGCAAGCAGAUACGCUACUGUCAGUGAAAGAGUGCACGCUCAAGUGCUAAAGUUCCUGAAAGAAGGUUAUUUAAGGGAGGAGAUGGUUUUGGACAAUAUCCCAAAGCUCCUGAACUGCCUGAGAGACUGCAAUGUAGCCAUCCGAUGGCUCAUGCUACACACAGCUGACUCGGCCUGUGACCCAAACAACAAACGCCUUCGUCAAAUCAAGGACCAGAUCCUGACAGACUCCAGGUACAAUCCCAAGAUCCUCUUUCAGUUGCUGUUGGACGCCGCACAAUUUGAGUUUAUACUCAAAGAGAUGUUCAAGCAAAUGCUUUCAGAAAAGCAAGCCAAAUGGGAGCAUUACAAGAAAGAGGGCUCAGAGCGGAUGACAGAGCUUGCUGAUGUCUUCUCAGGAGUGAAACCCCUAACCAGAGUGGAGAAAAAUGAAAAUCUUCAAGCUUGGUUCAGAGAGAUCGCAAAACAAAUAUUGUCUUUAAAUUAUGAUGAUUCUACUGCUGCAGGCAGAAAAACUGUGCAACUAAUACAAGCGUUGGAGGAGGUUCAAGAAUUUCACCAGUUGGAAUCCAAUCUGCAAGUAUGUCAGUUUCUUGCUGACACUCGCAAGUUUCUCCACCAAAUGAUCCGAACCAUUAACAUUAAAGAGGAGGUCCUGAUCACGAUGCAGAUUGUAGGGGACCUUUCUUUUGCUUGGCAGUUAAUUGACAGUUUCACUUCUAUCAUGCAAGAGAGCAUAAGGGUAAACCCAUCCAUGGUAACUAAACUCAGAGCUACAUUCCUGAAGCUUGCUUCUGCCCUUGACUUGCCCCUUCUUCGUAUUAAUCAAGCAAAUAGCCCUGACCUUCUCAGUGUGUCUCAAUAUUAUUCUGGUGAAUUGGUGUCCUAUGUGAGGAAGGUUUUGCAGAUCAUUCCAGAAAGCAUGUUUACUUCUCUGCUUAAGAUCAUAAAGCUUCAGACCCACGAUAUUAUUGAAGUGCCGACUCGCCUGGACAAAGAAAAGCUGAGAGACUACGCUCAGCUUGGCCCACGAUAUGAGGUCGCCAAGCUGACUCAUGCAAUUUCCAUUUUUACUGAAGGCAUCUUAAUGAUGAAAACAACUUUAGUCGGCAUCAUCAAGGUGGAUCCGAAACAGUUGCUGGAAGACGGAAUAAGAAAGGAGCUAGUAAAACGUGUUGCUUUUGCUCUUCACAGGGGAUUGAUCUUCAACCCUCGAGCCAAGCCAAGUGAAUUAAUGCCCAAGCUGAAAGAGUUGGGGGCUACCAUGGAUGGAUUCCAUCGUUCUUUUGAAUACAUACAGGACUACGUCAACAUUUAUGCUCUGAAGAUCUGGCAGGAAGAAGUAUCUCGUAUUAUAAAUUACAACGUGGAGCAAGAGUGUAAUAACUUCUUAAGAACAAAGAUUCAAGACUGGCAAAGUAUGUACCAGUCCACCCAUAUUCCAAUACCAAAGUUUACUCCUGUGGACGAGUCCGUAACGUUCAUUGGUCGACUCUGCAGAGAAAUCUUGCGGAUCACAGACCCAAAAAUGACGUGUCACAUUGACCAGCUGAACACUUGGUAUGAUAUGAAAACUCAUCAAGAAGUGACUAGCAGCCGCCUCUUCUCAGAAAUCCAGACCACGCUGGGGACUUUCGGCCUGAAUGGAUUAGACAGGCUUCUGUGCUUCAUGAUUGUAAAGGAGCUACAGAAUUUCCUCAGUAUGUUUCAGAAAAUUAUCCUGAGAGACAGAACUGUUCAGGAUACUUUAAAAACCCUCAUGAAUGCUGUCAGCCCCUCAAAAGUAUUGUAGCAAAUUCGAAUAAAAUUUAUUUUUUCCGCCAUUGCCAAAACACAGAAGAUUUGGACAGCUUAUCUCGAGGCUAUAAUGAAGGUUGGGCAGAUGCAGAUUCUGAGACAACAGAUUGCCAAUGAAUUAAACUAUUCUUGUCGGUUUGACUCCAAACACCUGGCAGCUGCCCUGGAGAAUCUCAACAAAGCUCUCCUAGCGGAUAUCGAAGCCCACUAUCAGGACCCUUCUCUUCCUUACCCCAAAGAAGAUAACACGCUCUUAUAUGAAAUCACAGCCUAUCUGGAGGCAGCUGGCAUUCACAAUCCACUGAAUAAGAUAUACAUAACAACGAAGCGCUUACCCUAUUUCCCAAUUGUCAACUUUCUAUUUUUGAUCGCCCAGUUGCCAAAACUUCAGUACAACAAAAACCUAGGAAUGGUCUGCCGAAAACCUGCCGACCCUGUGGAUUGGCCGCCACUCGUCCUGGGACUGCUCACCCUGCUGAAGCAGUUUCAUUCCCGCUACACAGAACAGUUCCUGGCGCUGAUUGGCCAGUUUAUCCGCUCCACAGUGGAGCAGUGUACAAGCCAGAAGAUACCUGAAAUGCCUGCGGAUGUUGUGGGUGCCCUUCUGUUCCUGGAGGACUAUGUUCGGUACACAAAGCUGCCCAGGAGGGUUGCUGAAGCACACGUGCCUAAUUUCAUUUUUGAUGAGUUCAGAACAGUCCUGUAACUUUCUCUUCUACUUCUUCAACCGAAGGAUUGUCCUUAAGUCUUGCCACCAUCACUAAAAUGAAUUGAGAGCUGGAACUCAACUGCUCACAUCACCGCAUGUUUUCCAUCUAUCGUGGGAAACAUCAGACAUUCUGAGUAAGGUGUAUCUCAUGGAAGUAGGUAAUAGAAUUCAUAUUAUUUAAAUCAUGGUAUAAUAUGCAAUUUACAUCAUGUGAAAGCAGAACCCAUUUUUGUACUGCCUCUUAUAAAUGCUGAAUGUAAUUGUUAAGUAUAAAUCCAUUUAGUUUUAUGUUUCAAAGAACUAUUUGUGCAGCUCCCAAUUUUCAGUAAAAUAGUAUUGCCAGUACCCAAAGUUGUGCUUCUGCUUAUGAUUCAAAAAUUGUAUAUUCACGGUGCAAAACACCUUGUCCGGAGGUAAGAGAUGACUCUGGUCGGCCCUACGGACACUCAUGACAGGCUGGCAGGCAUGUGGUGACAGCCAGACUAGCAGCAAACAUAGUGACCACACAAUCUAGGGACCACGGACCAUGGAAUUUUCUUGGGGUCUGAGGCUCACCCUCCUCUUCCAAUCCCAAUACCCUCAGGGGUUCCCAGCAUCCUUUCUGUAGGACUCCCUAACUUCAGCUGCUCUUGCCACCCUUCCUUUCCUUC